GCAUGCAUCCGGAGCCUCCAUUUUAUGGUACGAAUGGUUGCUCUUUUCCAGCAUCCUCAAAAGAACCGUGGAGGGGCGAGGUUUGCACCUACGUAAGGAUCAGCGGAGCCGGGUGAGGAGUUAGCCGUAAAUCCCUCCCUCUUUCGUUCGGCCUGGCGCGCACCACCUCUGGAACCUAAGAGCCUCAGCGUUGUUGUUCCGGUCGGAAUUACCGGGCAGCGCACGCUGACAUGGCUGCGCUGGUAGUAAGGGGUGUUCAGGACUUGCUGAAGCGAGCGGAUUUCGCGAAGAUCCCGCGGAGACACCGAUAUAAGAAGAAAUGGGCUGCCACAGAACCCAAAUUUCCUGCCACUCGACUGGCUCUGCAGAAUUUUGACAUGACCUAUAGUGUGCAGUUUGGGGAUCUUUGGCCAUCAAUCCGGGUCAGUCUUCUCUCAGAGCAGAAGUAUGGUGCACUGGUCAAUAAUUUUGCUGCCUGUGAUCAUGUGAGUGCUGAACUAGAGCAACUAUGUGCCAGGGACUUCGUGAAUAAAGCUCACUCCCAUGGGGAACUGGAGCCCGAGAGUGGCCAAAUGGCUGCUCCAUCCCCAGCUUCCUCGGCCUACAGUCCAAAUCUUCGAUGCUUCACUUUCACCAGAGGGAAUGUCAGCCGUUUCCCUCCUGCCAGGCUUGGCAGCCUGGGUGUCAUGGACUACUACCUGAUGGAUGCUGCCUCCUUGCUGCCUGUCCUGGCCCUUGGCCUGCAGCCUGGAGACACAGUGCUUGACCUAUGUGCAGCCCCUGGGGGAAAGACACUAGCAUUGCUUCAGACUGGCUGUUGCCGCAAUCUUGCUGCCAAUGAUCUCUCCACUUCCCGAACAGGCAGACUUCAGAAGGUCCUUCACAGCUAUGUACCUCAAGAUAUUAGAGAUAAGAGUCGAGUUCGAGUCACCUCAUUGGAUGGCAGGAAGUGGGGAGAACUGGAGGGGGACACCUAUGAUCGGGUGCUGGUGGAUGUACCCUGUACCACAGACCGCCACUCCCUUCAUGAGGAGGAGAACAACAUUUUUCAGCGGUCGAGGAAGAAGGAGCGGCAGAUGUUACCUAUGCUGCAGGUGCAGCUUCUUGCGGCUGGACUCCUUGCCACCAAACCCGGAGGCUACGUUGUUUAUUCUACCUGCUCACUCUCACACUUACAGAAUGAGUAUGUGGUGCAAGGCACCAUCGAACUCCUGACCAAUCAAUAUAGCAUCGAAGUUCGUGUGGAAGACCUGACUCACUUCCGAAAGCUUUUCAUGGACACAUUCUCUUUUUUCCCAUCCUGCCAGGUUGGGGAGCUGGUAAUCCCAAACCUCAUGGCCAAUUUUGGGCCUAUGUACUUUUGCAAAAUGUGUAGACUGAAAUAGCAUCACCGUGUUCCUGAAACCCUGGUGUAGGAGACAAAUGGUGUACUCCCAUGGCAGGACCAGAAACUGAGACCAGUGGCAAAGAUGAUCUCUGGGUCCUAUCUCCAAGCUGUCCAAGUCUUUCUAUAGAUAGUUUUUAGCACUAGGAAGUAGGAGUUUUUCUGUCCUGCUAUCCAAGUGUGGAGCAUUAGCAAGUUUCUAACUCACUUAUUACACCCUGCUCCCUUCUUCCCAUCUCUAAGCUUGUACUAAAGUUUCCUGCCCAAUUAGGGGCUUAGAAGAAGGAGACAAUGAGCAGGCCCACACUUUAAACUGUAAACUUGGGAAGAAGCAUUUAGCCAAUAAAAUUGUCAAAGCUCCAUAGAACUAAGGCUGUGGUUGGGGGCCUCAUAUUAGCCCAGGUACUGUUCUACUUGUACCAGCUACUGCUACUGAGCACUAACUCCCAGGUGCCCAAUGCCCGGGACCUCAGCCUGGUUUUCAGAGCCCCUCUUACACUUAAGGUGAGUUUUGCAUGAUCAGUCUUGAGUCAUCUGAUGGGCCCAAACAAGGCUACCUAGUUACUCCAUAUGGCUUAUGAUCUAAUUUAAGGAACAAGUAACUAAAAAUGUUAAGCCAUUGCAUAAUAAUCUGCUUACUUACAUUGAGAAAGCUCUCCUGAGCCAAGUAAUUCCAGCUAUUCCUACUGUCAUCAACAGUACUGCUGCCCAUUGUAGCUGGGGAAGCUGCUCUGCCACAGGGCUGUGAUGUUCUUUUGUGUGUUUCUUUAUUGUUUAUUCCUCUAGCUCCUAUGACAGGUAGUCAGGGAGCUGCAGGAGAUGUAGCAUUUGGGGUUGUGGAGGAUAAUGAGGCUUCAUCCUUGGGAAUGGCAGCUCCCCUUCUUUGCUUUCUGAGCACCUAGGAAUCUCCUAAUGUCUUGAUUUAUUCUGUUUUUUGUUUUGUUUUGUUUCCUUUUUCCUGGGCUGUGACCGAGCGCUGCUGGCAGUUGUUUGGCACAUGCCAAAUCACCCAAACCUCUUCCUCUAGCAUUGUAAGGCCUCACCUCACAUAGUGUGGGUUUGGGAGAAACAUUACAUCAUUUACUAUUUGCAUGCUAAUUAUGUUGUUUUUGUAACUAUAGAAGGGAUAUUAAAAAUUGCUUGUGGUCACUUGCA